AUGAAACUACAUUUUGGUUUGUUUCUGGUGUUAGUUUUAUUGGGCAGUUGUUAUGGUAACAAAACUGAUGAUUCCGAAACAUAUUUAAGCCAUUUCAUAGCAGAUUUAUGGCUUGAAGGAACCGAUGUUUUAAAAAUUAUUUGGAGAGAUUGUUCUAAAAAGUUGGUGGAUGUAAAAGACGUUGUCGACCGUAAAGAGUACUUUCCCAAAUUCCUAAGAUGCUUGAAGAGGAAAACCCUAAGGGCUUUAGAUUGGUGCCUUAGUUCAGAUAUCAUACCGAUAGCCGAUGGUGUAAAUUUAGUUAGAUUUGAAUUGGUUGACGGAUCUGGAAAUACGAUGCCCAUGAACAGUACCAGUCCAUGGACCGACAAAGAAUUAGAAGCAGGGGAAUGGCGUACACUUGCUCUUAAACGUAUUGCCAAAAUACUUCGGACACAUGUUGUUAAAUUUGAUUUUGAUGAUUCAAAUAUAUUUGAUAAAGUUGAGUCGCGCGGACGGCGUCGUCAUCAUUUGAUGACAAUGAUGAUGUUUGGAAUUGUGUCAAUUGGAAUGGUACUUGUCCCAAUGGGAUUUCAAUUUCUUGCCGUAUUAGGAGGCAAAGCCCUCGUUCUAGCAAAAAUGGCACUCAUACUUGCAUCCAUUCAGGGAUUAAAGAAGAUUUCUUCUAGUCCGCUGAACUAUGGAUUUUAUCACACAUAUCCCUACGAGCAUUACGAAAAGAGAAGCUUGGAUAAUUGGCCUUUACCAAACAUUGUAGCAACAACCGCACAAAAGACAGUGACAAAUCAGAGUCCGUGGCCGAAUUCUGAAUAUACAAAGUUAGAUGAAAUACAUCAAAAUAAAGAACAGCAUAACAGAAAACGUAUAAAUAAUGUCAUACAAAAUCCAAAUAAUAUUAAAGAAGAAGAACAAAAUUCUGCAGCAAAAGUUUUCCCUAUUUACCCUGGAAAUCUGGCAGGAGAAUUUAAUUUAGAUGCUCCUAAUCCUGUCGUAGAUUUAUCUACCAGGCCAGGGGAGGUGCAAGCGGAUUAUGCUUUAGAGUUACCGUAUAAUAGACUUCGUUUUCAAAGUCCCUCUCCUGUCAUUUCAUCUUGA